AUGGGAUCCAACACAUCACAAUCAAUAGCAGAAUUAACUAAAGAAGAUAUAGAAUUUAUUUCAAAUGUAACAAAACUUGAUCAUGAAAACGUUCGACUUUGGUAUAGCAAACUUAUGGCUGCUUGCCCAGAUAGAAAAAUUUCUAAGGCAGAUACAGUAAAUUUCUUACGAAGUAUAAAUUCAGGUAAAGACGAACAACUUCAAAAACAAGCAAAUGAAAUUCAUAAAGCAUUUGACGAAAAUAAUGAUGGUAUUGUUGAUCAACGUGAAUUUUUAAUUGGUUUUGCAUUAACUUCUAAGGGUAGUAUACAUGAAAAGCUUAAAUAUGUUUUUCGAACAUAUGAUCAUGAUAAAGAUGGUUUGAUUAGUAAAAAAGAAAUUGAUCGGAUGAUUAAAAUUGCAAUGAGACUUCAUGGAAAAGAGGAACGAGAAAAAACUACGCGUACUAUUAAUGAAUUAAAACGAUCACUUGAACGUCUUAAUCAAGGCAAAGAUCUCGAUCAUUUAAAAAUAACUUCAGAAGAGUUUAUUCAAUUAUUAAUGGAAAAUAAAGAACUAUGCAAAUUAGUAUCACCGUUCAAUAUUGAACAACCAUGA